GACAGCAGCUGGAAGCUCAGCGCAGCCAUGGGGCCCCAGGGGAGACGGUCUCUGCUUCAGAUGCCCCUGUUGUUGCUGCUGACUUGUGUCCAGCCUGGGACGGGUCUGGAGAGCAUUAGCUAUGCCCCCCAGCUCCUCAGGGACACCCUGGAGGGGAGACUCACACAAUCUACCUUCACACUGGAGCAACCCCUGGGCCAGUUCGAGAACGUCAGCCUCUCUGACCCAGACCCCAUCUGGCUGGUGGUGGCUCACAGCAGCGCUGUCCAGAACUUUACUGCCCCGCGGAAGGUAGAAGACAGGCAUGCCCCUGCCUACUUCGACCGCAAUGGCUACUACCUCACGCUGAGGGCCAGCCGGGUACACUACAAGGGUGGCCAGCAGGACAGCCGGCUCCGAGUCCUCCGUGUUGGGAACGACAACAACUGCUCCCUGGAGUCCCAGGGCUGUAACUCGCCUUUGCCAGGGGCGGGCCCCUACAGAGUGAAAUUCCUGGCGAUGAGUGCCAAGGGACCCGUGGCUGAGACACUGUGGUCCAAGGAGAUCCACCUGCAGCAAGCCCAGACAUUCCGAGAAGCUCCAGGGUCGCAGAGCAAGGGCACUGUGGUCAUCAUUGCCUUCUUGUCAGUCCUACUGGCCAUCCUGCUUGUGGUCUUCCUCGUGCUGGUCAUAUCCGCUUGGUGCUCCAGCACUUCCGUGACCAGCCCAGAGGAGCAAGUGCGCAUGCGAUGCUAUCACACGCACCACAUGGGCAGCCUCCAGGCCGAGCGCAGCUCCUGA